GGGUGCCGCCGCCGCCGCGGAGCUGCUGCUCGGCGCGUUUUGCAUGAAGAUGGCGGCUCCCACCGCCAGCAAGGCAGCCUCUCUGGGCUGUAACAACAAGCCGACGUUCCCGGAGCUGGAUUUCAGGUCCGGAGCUCGGGUGGAGGAAUUGAACAAACUCAUCCAAGAAUUCACGAAGCACGACCAGCGGGAAUACGACGACCAGAGAGCGCUGGAGAUUCACACAGCCAAGGAUUUCAUCUUUUCCAUGCUGGGCUGUUUUCUCUAUCAGCAUUUCUUAACCUGGGUCCAUGGAAACAACAGCAUGGAGUCUAUGAACUUGAAUGAGAAGAAGCCAUAUCUUUAUUUUCAUUAACCUCUAACUGAAAUAUAGCAUUUCCUUCCAUUGUAAAAGUAGGUAACAAAGCAUAGUAGUACCUAUGUCUUUCACUUUUGCUACCAACAGAAAUCACAGAUACUUUCAUUUCACAUUAAAGUUGUUACAGAUAUCUCAAAAAAUCAUUUAUUGCUGCUUUGAAAUUAUGGUGGCUAUUAGACUUGCUACUGGAUUUUAUUUACUGCAUUCAUGAAUCACAUGGUCCUCUAUCACAAAUUUAUUCUUUAAAUGCAUUUUGUGUUUUAAUACUAUUUUCUUUGAGGUCCUGUGUAAUUUCAUCAUAUUCAUUUAAAGACACUGUUUUUUGCUCGGAUUCAUUGGCUUUUCCAGCCUGUCAAGAUAUCUGUCACAGAGGUAGUUAAGAGUCUCAGCUUCUAAACACAACCUCUGACACCUUAUCUCUGCUUUGUUUUCUUCUCCCAGCUCAAAUGCCUCUUGACUCAUGAAGAUUUCCUCUCUCUCCAAGGAGAAAACAAUUUACCUUUCCUCUGUUUCCUAACACCUGGUCCCCUUUUCUAUCUCUUAGCACAUUCUUUCUCAUGCCCUGGGUUAAAGAAUCCCUGGCUCAUUUAUCUUUGCAGCACCCACUGGGGUCAUGUACACAGUAGGUACUCACAGUGUUGUGACUUGAUUCACUUUAAAGGAGACCUUCUGUGUGAGCUUAUUUCAGGCUGUAUUUAAGGAAUCAGCACUUUCUGACAUUGUCUCUUUAUGAUUUUCCUUUUCCUUUAAGCCAUGCUAUAUAGUCUUUGCUGGGGUCAAGAAAAUCUUAAUCUGAUCUCCUUAUGUGGUAGCAGAGUUUUUUCUGCCUUCCAAGAAUAAGGUCCUUAAGACUUACCACAGGGCAAUUUAAGAAAUGUCCCAAGUGAUUGCAAUAGUGUGUUGACUGAGAGCAAACAGUGAUUUGGGGAAAUGUCCCUUUUCUUAUAGACCUUGACUUUUCUUUCAUAGGCACCUAGGGUACUCGUGGGCCUCCAGCAUGCCCACAGGUGGGGCCUUAUAGAAGCUAUGACAAAGCAUAAGUCAUCUUUCCCCUGGAGGUGUUCCAGACGCUUAUCAGUCAACCUGCAAGUGUUCAUAUGCCUACUCUGGAAUCCAAAUUAUAGUGAUACUUCAUUAUGAUAAACUACUAUCAUGUGCCCUCAAUAACCCACCUUUGUACAGUGCUUUACAGAUUACAGUAAAUAUUCACAUCUGGUAUGGCAUGGUAUUCUUUGGACAGGCCUUUGAGAAAGGUUGUGUAGGAACUAUUAACCCACAUUGCAGAUGGGAUUAGUUUUGAGACUUGGAGGUGAUGUGACUUAGUGGGAGGUCUAAAGUAAGUCAUAGAACAGGAUCCACCCAGAUCUGAGUGUCUCCUGCAGCACACAGCCUGCCCAGAGCUUUUGUAGGCUUUUUUACCCUCAGGCAUCUUUCAUGGGUUGCUGGGGUGAGUCUAUAUCCUCAGACAAGGCCAGCGUAGCACCUUUCAUUCCUGUCUGGGUUUUUCUGCCCUCCCCCUGACCACAGGUAUAUAGCCCUUGAGGCUGAUUGACUAUGAAAUGGGUAAGUACAUGCCCUAUAGGUAUGCAUUCUCCACAUCUGAUUGCUAGGCCCUGCCCAACUAGUUCUUAGGGUCCCUGUCAGUUUCACAAUGGACUUGGGUAAGCACUUGGCAGCUGAGUCAUUUCUUUAAGGACAGUUUAUAAUUAUGCCAUUAUGAGGCCCUCUCUCCAGGAAACAGCUAUCUGUUUUUUUGUCCACUUAAGUGCCUUUUCAUGAAUUCCCUCUAUACAAGAUAAAGAAACAGAUAACUAGGGCCAGUGCCACUGUGGAUAAAGCUGACAUGGGGAGCUGUUGUUCAAUUUAUUUUUUAUAUAUUUUUUCUCAACACAAGAAGCCAUGAUUACUCUUUGUGAAAUGAGUUAAGUUAGUAGUGGGAGUUGGUGUAAGUAUUGUUUAGGUUUUUGUUUCUUCUAACAAGUAUUUGUAUAUCUACAAUGUGUGAAGGAUGGUGAAGGAUUCGGUCAUUUAUAAAUUCAUUCAACACAUGUUGCAGUGCCUGCCAUGUGCUAGUGUAAUUACUGUGAUACAAUUACUAGAUAAGUGCACAGUGUUGAAUCAGAGAAGGAAGGUCACUAUGUCUAUAGGACUUAUGUUCUCUGGGGGAUUCAACAAGGAUAAAUUGGGAUGUGUGCUAUUAAAAAAACAAAGCACAGAGUGUGAUGUUGGAGGUUAACUGGUAGGAUGGAGUGAAGACCCUUCGAGAAGGCCUCUCUAAAAGACAUUGAAAUGGAAGGGCAAGAAGUACCUGGCCACCUGAAGAUUGGAUGGAAGAGUAUUCCAGGUGGACAGGACAGCAUGUGCAGAGGCCCCAGGUGGGCUUCAAGCUUUCAGGGCUGCUUGAAUGAUAGCAAGUCUCAUUUGGCCUCCACAAGGAGGAA